GUCACUGCGUCACUUCCUCAAGUUAUUUCCAUUUGUUUGUGGCAAACACCAGCAGUUACCUAGUACCUUAUACACCAAAGAUAACGUUACUAUUCUUUCUUAUAAUAUAUCAAGGCGAAAACGGCAUCACCUUUGUUUUCUUUUAAAUGCUGUACCCUGAAAUCAUGCACGAAAGAUAGAAGCUGCUGCGUUAGCGGAAGGAAACGUGAAAACGUGAGCAGAAGUAGUUUGUCGGCUAACGUUAGCUAGCUAGUAUAGGUUAAUUGGCAGCUAUUGUUAGCUGCCUGGUUCCCGGUAUCGAUUUGUUUGUGUAGUGCUAACGUUAGGUUAGCCUCACAGUUGUGGACUGAUGGAGUGCCCUCAUCUUGGCUCAAACGUGAGCUGUCCUCUUGAUACCUCCAGGUUUCCUAACGGGACUCCGUCCUCCUGGUGCUGCAGCGCUUGCAGGUCCAAUAAAAGUCCAUGGAUUUGCCUCACCUGUCUGAUGGUCCAUUGUGGAAGAUAUGUCAAUGGACAUGCGAAGAAACACUUUGAAGAGACCCAGGUUGUUGGCAUUAGCCAAAAGAAGAGCGAGAAACCGGAGAAAGAGAAAUCCCAUCAUUCCGUUUGCAUGGACUGCAGCAACUACAGCGUUUUCUGUUACAGAUGUGAUGAUUUUGUUGUCAAUGACACCAAACUUGGGCAUGUCCAGAAGGUGAGGGAACAUCUGCAGAGUUUAGAAAACUCAGCGCUGAUGGGUGACAGACAGAGGAAACGGAAACUUCAGGAAAGCCUGGCUCCAGACAGCAAGUUGUUAAAAGACAAUAACGGCCUGGCUUUAGGUGCUACAGGCCUGAGGAACUUGGGGAACACGUGCUUCAUGAAUGCCAUCCUGCAGUCCCUCAGCAACAUCCAGCAGUUCAGCUGUUAUUUCAAGGACUUGCCUGCAGUGGCUCUACGCAGCGGGAAGACGGCAGGAAGAAGGAUGUACCACACCCGAAGCCAAGGGGACAACACUGUGUCUUUGGUGGAGGAGUUCAGGAAAACCCUUUGUUCCCUGUGGCAAGGAAGCCAGACGGCCUUCAGUCCAGACUCCUUGUUUUAUGCUAUAUGGAAAAUCAUGCCAAGUUUCAGGGGCUAUCAGCAGCACGACGCUCAUGAGUUCAUGCGGUACCUGCUGGACCAUCUCCACAGGGAGCUCCAGUGCGGUCGCAACGGGGCGUCCCACACAGCCUCUCCUCAGGAGGGGGUCCGACUCUCCACCGCUGAGGGCAAAUGCUGCAUCAAUGGGACUGCCAGUGUUGUCACAUCCAAUUUUGGUGGCAUACUUCAGAAUGAGGUGAACUGCCUGAUAUGUGGAACAGAAUCGCGGAAGUUUGAUCCAUUUCUUGAUCUGUCUUUGGACAUUCCCAGUCAGUUCAGACAAAAGAGAAGUAAGGACCAGGAGCCGGGGCCAACCUGCACCCUACGUGACUGCGUACGUAGUUUCACUGACCUGGAAGAGCUUGAUGAAACGGAGCUAUACUACUGCCAUAAGUGUAAGAAGCGACAGAAAUCCACUAAGAAGUUCUGGAUCCAAAAGCUUCCAAAGGUUUUGUGUCUGCACCUAAAGAGGUUCCACUGGACGGCCUUUUUGAGAAACAAGGUGGACACCUAUGUGGAAUUUCCCCUGAAGGGCCUGGACAUGAGGGGCUACUUACUUGAGCCAGAUAAUGCAUUAUCAGACAGCUGCCUGUAUGAUCUUGUUGAUGUCGUGGUGCAUCAUGGAUCUGGGGUUGGAUCAGGACAUUAUACAGCAUAUGGCAGCCACGAGGGCCGCUGGUACCACUUCAACGACAGCACAGUGACUCUGACCAGUGAGGAGACAGUGAGGAAGGCCAAGGCCUACAUCCUGUUCUACGUGGAGAGGACUGGACAGGUGGCCUCAGAGAAGACGGACAGCAAGCCUGAUGCAGAGACGGUGGAUAAGGACAGCGGCCCUUCAGAAGCAGUUGCUCAGGACAAGGUUGCAGCAGACAUGGUUCUGAUGGACGCAGCAGCCUCACACAUGAAGACAGAGGACUUGGCGGCCCCAGAGAAUGCUGGUGAAGAAAUGGCUGAAGUGGCUUCAAUAGAGCCUGCAACACAUAAUACCUCAGAUAAGGCUGCAUCAGAGGAGGCCAGCCAAGCUAUUCAAGCCGUCGCACAAUGAUUUCGUCCCAAGGCUUAUUACCAUGGCUUCACCUCAAUCACAUGUCUCACAGUGCUUGAUUUUAAAUAGUUAAUUUUCACAUUUAAUGUUUGUGUAUUCUUUUUUUAAAUGUUUAUGAACUGCAUGAUUGCGUCUAGUUUAAUUUGCUGCUUGGGUUUUCUUUAGAUAACCAUUUUGCGUUCAUUUCCUUGUUGUAUUCCUCAGUUGAGGUAGACUCCUCUGUGUAAUAGAUUCCAAAGGUGAUGAAGUUAAGCUGUAGCCUUUUAAAACCUCAGUUGGUCCAAUGUUUAGCCGAGACUGAAGAGAUUGGAUGUGUCAACACACUGUCAUUGUCAAUAAUUGGAGUUUCUAUUUUUUUAAAGUUUCUAAUAUUGUUAUUUCCAUUACUUAAAAAUCGUGUAGUUCUGUUUUCAGUCAUUUAGGAGAGAUUUUAGGAUCUAGAAUCCAAUACAUUUAAUGACUCAGAAGUGAGCAUGUAGGCUUUAGAAAGUUGUUUUAACUUCUUGACCAGAACUAUUGUAAAAGAAAGGAUCAUAAUGUUUGUUUGUCUGUAAUGACGUUGGAGUAUAUUUGACCAUUUUAUGUUGAUCUGAAAUUGACUUAACAUGUCCUUAUUACAUUUACUUUUAUAACAUGUAUCAUGUGAACAUGCUGAAAUACAAUGGAGAAUCUUUUUCAAA